UGUCUCUUCUUCAUCUCUCAUUGACUCUUUCUCUCUCUCUCAAGAUGAUGGCUUCCAUGCUUCCCGCUAACAAUAUCCAAAUGUUUCAGGCCAGACAGAACAGUUUCAAAUGCCAAAUGUCUCCGUUAAACCCAUUAACAAGAUCUUCUUCUUCUUCUUUUUCUACUUCUUGUUCUUUAUCACAGACUCUGAAACCGGAAACACCAACGCGGUUACACCUAGCCAACCUCGAAAAACUUCUACAAACAACAGCGCCGCCGGACCGGAAACCGGUUCUUCAAGAUUCCAAUAAUGGGUCUGUCGAAGUUAAAGGAAAAGGACCUCUGGAGGGGCUUAAUUUGGCUAGACUUAUGUGGCCGGAAAUGAAGGCGGCCGAGGAAAUGUCCCCCAGACAUCUCAACCGCCUGCAACGGCUCCUGUCGAAGACAGACGAAUACUCCCCGAGAAACAAUCUCGGUAGCAAAUGGCGGGAGUACCACGGCAGCAACCACUGGAAAGGGCUUCUGGAUCCGCUCGACGAGAAUCUCCGGCGAGAGGUGGUCAGGUACGGCGAGUUUAUCCAAGCAGCCUACCAUUCCUUCCACUCCGACCCUGCCAUGUCGGCUCAGGAGCCUCCGCAGCCGCACCACGUGGCGCUCUCGGACAGGUCCUAUAAAGUCACCAAGAGCCUCUAUGCGACGUCGUCUAUCGGAUUGCCGAAGUGGGUCGAUGACGUGGCGCCGGAUCUUGGCUGGAUGACCCAGCGGUCCAGCUGGAUCGGUUAUGUCGCGGUCUGCGACGACAAGCGGGAGAUCAACCGGAUGGGGCGGAGGGAUAUCAUCAUCGCCCUCCGGGGGACCUCCACGUGUCUCGAGUGGGCCGAGAAUUUCAGGGCCCAACUUGCCGAUAUUAACCCGACGACGACCCACGGGCAAGCCAAAGUCGAAUGCGGGUUCUUGAGCCUCUACAAGACACCCGGCGCUCACGUGCCCAGCCUAGCCGAGUCGGUGAUCGACGAAAUCAAAAGGCUCAUGGAGUUGUACAAAGGCGAGACGCUAAGCAUCACCGUCACCGGCCACAGCCUCGGCGCCGCCUUGGCUUUACUAGUCGCUGACGAUAUAAGCACGUGCGCCCCCGACGUACCUCCGGUCGCAGUUUUCUCCUUCGGCGGCCCUCGCGUCGGCAACAGAGGCUUCGCCGACCGCAUCAAGACUAACAACGUUAAAGUUCUACGAAUCGUCAACUCCCAAGACGUCAUCACCAGGGUCCCCGGCACCCUCAUGAGCGAGGAGCUCGACCAGAAACUAAGAAACACGAAGGUCGGUGGUGUGCUCGACAUGCUCGACAGAAACAUGCCGUUGUCGUACUCGCACGUGGGAGAAGAGCUACGUGUUGAUACGAAGAUGUCGCCGUACUUGAAGCCCAACGCUGACAUGGCAUGCUGCCAUGACCUGGAGGCGUACCUCCACCUGGUGGACGGAUUCAUGGCGUCAAACUGUCCGUUCAGAGCAAAUGCAAAGAGAAGUUUAGUGAGGUUGCUCAAGGAUCAAAGAGCUAAUGUGAAAAAAUUGUAUACCAGCAAGGCAAAAAGCUUGAGUUUAAAUCUUGAAACACCGCGGCUGCCCAGUAUGUCUGGUUGCUUGCCAAGCCCAUCUUGAUAUAUAUAUAUACACUGUAAAAUGGUACAUACUUCCACAAGAAAACUUGUAGCGAGGUAGAUCUCCAUGUUUUUGUGUAUGGAUCUAAAUUUAUUCA